ACGGUCAUACUUAUUGUUCAUUUCGAAAAAACGUGCGGACUUCUUAUUCAUAUUUUUGGUUGCCUGUUUGGAAAUAUCCAAUCCUAGACGAAAUGGGUGGCCAGGGAAAGGCGAUCAACAGGAAGCGGAAGUUUGUGGGCCGCAAGGCAGAUGAUCCGGAGUUCGAUUUGGACAAAAAGCAAUUCAAGGUGCUCCAUUUGAACGCCACCGAAAAGCGGUUGAUAAUCGUUUUGGAAGGUGCCCAACUGGAGACAGUGAAGGUACACAACACCUUCGAGCUGCUGAAUUGCGAUGAUCAUGCGGGUAUUAUGAGGAAGAACCAAAGGGAUCCGGGAUCCUGUCGCCCGGAUAUCACCCAUCAGUGUCUGUUGAUGCUCUUCGAUUCCCCACUGAAUCGGGCCGGUCUCCUCCAGGUUUUCGUGCGCACCGAGCACAAUGUCCUCAUCGAAAUCAACCCACAGACUCGUAUUCCGAGAACCUUCAAGCGAUUUGCGGGAUUAAUGGUCCAAUUGCUGCACAAGUUCCAAAUCAGAGCUAAUGAUUCCUCCCGCCGGCUGAUGAGUGUGAUCAAGAACCCAAUCACCGAUCAUGUUCCGGUGGGCUGCAAGAAGUACGCCAUGAGUUUCUCCGGCAAAUUGGUGGCCAACUGCCGGGAUUUGGUGCCACAUGGCGAGGAAGGUAGUGCCAACUAUGAUGAACCGGUGGUCAUUGUGAUCGGUGCCUUUGCCCACGGCGUCCUGAAGACGGACUACACGGAGGAGCUCUUCUCCAUUAGCAACUAUCCGCUCUCGGCGGCCAUCGCGUGCUCCAAAAUCUGUUCCGCCUUCGAGGAAGUAUGGGGUGUAGUCUAAGCCCUCCGAUUGUUUUUGUAGAUUAGUCAUAGCCUGUAGUUAGUCUUCAUUUAUCCUUCUUUGUUGAUUUCCAUUUAAUUUGGUAGAAUGAUAAGUAAUCAUCCACAUUACAUUUAAAUCUGUAAAAAACACUAUGACGAUUUGGGGUUUGUUGUUCAAUUGUUUGAUUUUUACCAAAUUUAAUGAAGAUCUAACAGAGAUGUGGAUUCUAGAAUAAAUAAGCCACUUUAAGAAGAAGCGUUUUAAUUGAUUUGCACAAAGAUUAAAAAGGUUUUAAAAGAUA